AUGAGUGUGCACUUCCGGCAGGCCGGCGAGAGUGCUGCCGGCCAGCUCGGCCAGCUCGGCCCCAACGUCAUCCAGGACCUCAAGCACAUGUCGCGGGCAGAGUUCGAGGAGCUGCUCAACUCGACGCCGCUGCCGACGCUCAACAGAGACGACCUGGCGGUGCGCAAGUUCCGCGAGCUGUUCAAGGCGUUUCUGGGGCGCACCCAGAACGACGAGUUUGCGUCGUCGCGGUCGAUGAUCGCGGAGUACCCGAACCUCGUCCCCACCGCCCAGCGCGACCCCUACUCGGAGCCAGAGCUCGUGGUGCGCAAGAAGUACCACGACAAGGUGCUGGGCGAGCUCGGCGCGGAGAUCAAGGGCGUGUACAGGCCGCACGAGCUGAUCACAAACCCGCCGUCGGGCAACCAGGUCACCGUCCAGAAACUGCUGGCCGCGGGCGCGCACCUGGGCCACUUCACCAAGCUGUGGAAGCACACGGCACAGCCGUACAUCUACGGCGUGUACAACGACCUGCACAUCAUCGAUCUGGAGCAGACGGUGGUGCACCUGAGGCGGGCGGCGAAGGUGGUGGAAGGUGUGGUUGAGAACGGAGGCACGGUGCUGUUUCUCGGGCUGCGGGAGGGCCAGCUGCGGUCUGUGCGGGCGGCGGCGGAGCGGUGCAACGGGGUGUACGUUGCGAGCAAGUGGGUGCCGGGCACGAUCACCAACAGUCUGCAGAACGCAAAGCCGCGCGUGGAGGUGGACAUGGGGGACGUGCGGUCGCGCAGAGGCCUGACGGACUUCGAGGCGCGCAGCGUGCUGAAGCCGGACCUGGUGGUGACGCUGAGCGCGCGGGACAGCCGGACGGCGCUGGGCGAGGCCGCGCAGUCGCGGAUCCCGAGCAUCGGGAUCGUCGACACCGACUGCGACCCGGCGCUGGUGACGUACGCGAUUCCGGCCAACGACGACUCUAUUAGGGCUACAAACUUGAUAUGUGGGGUGCUGGCGAAGGCGGCGGAGCGCGGGUACCGCACGAGGCUCGACCGCGUGCGCAGGUACAAGGAAAAGCACGGGGCCCGCGUUUCGCAGCCCAUGUCGCUGAUUAGCUUCGAGGCCUGA